AUGUCCGGACCAGCACCGCUGUACCUCGUUCAGGGCAAUCCGAUGCAGACGAUGGCUCUGCGUUUGAACCCAGACCACGGCCCCAGUGACUCUAUCCCUCACGAGCUUCAGAAAUACUACUCGCCCGAUGUUUGGGUCGCCCGGCAGCGCGCCGUCAUGACCAAGGGUGGUCGCUACCUCAAGCCCCGCUUCGAUAUCGCUUUCGCUGUCUUCAUGUUCAUCGGUGCCCUUGCUCUUCCCAUCGCCAUCUACUAUGUUGCUCUUCAUGCCCUCCCGAACAAGGAAAAGGUCUUCCAAGAGGCCAACGGCCGCGUGCUCGUCGAAGAUGACAGGUUCUGGGAGGCUCGUGCAAUUAGCGGCGCGUCGUUGAUCGGGUUCCUCCUGCUUGGCUGGGGGCCAUUCUUCUUCUGGAAAGCACAGGGCAAGCGUCAGGUCAAUCAGAUGCUCCAGAGGUUCCGUGCUGAGGACGCAGCUAUGGCUGGGCCCAACGCGACCAUUCCCGAGUGGACAAUGAAUAUGCCUAGCAUGGGAAGCAAGGCCCUCCACGUCAUGAUCACCUACCCUCGCCCACCGAUGAUGACUGCCUUCCAAGUUGGUGUCCAGCUUCCUCCCUACAUCGUCAACCAGCCCGUCGACCCCAACGGGGCUCGGUACUACCAGCAGUAUGCGCCCCCCGCUGGUGCGCCCCCCGGCCGCCGCACGUCCACUGGCUCCGCGGGCUCGAUCCCACUGUACGGUUCGCACAACGAGAAGAUCCCCGACUACUCGGGCCCGACCUCGAACGCGUACAUGCCGCGCGACGAGAAGGACGGCUUCGACGACAUCCGCGUCUAA